AUGAAGAUUGCCUUUUUCACUCUCUUUGCCGUGGCUGGGUCCGCCAUUGCGAAUUCAACCGCCCUUCAAACUCGGGGUCUUCCAGAACCUGGCUCAAGGGCAGCCCGCGAGCUAGGCGAGCUGGUCAAAAAGGGGUUACAGACCUGGGGCUUGACGGGCAGCAUCAAUGCUCUCAACGGAAACUACAACACUCCUUUGCGCCCCAUGCCCGGCGGUAUGCCCGAGCUCAACCGGCACCGUCCCAACAAGAACGCCGGCAAGCCUGGAACACCGGGCAACCCCCUCGGGCCUCGCAAAAAGCAAGGGAGAAUCUAUCAGCGUCGCAGGUCAUGCGUAAGAAAGCGUGGCCUCUCGUGCCCAGCCGGGUCCAGGAGAUCUGCCAAGUACCCGAGGAUGCGUCUCAACGGACGAGGCGGAGUCAUGGUGGCGUUUGCGACCCUUUCGCCUUAUGCUCAUGACGUCCUGGAAGCCAUCAAAAAUUGGGACAACCCAAUUGGCAAGGCCACAGCAUGGUUUGACGAGGCCAUGGCAGACCUUCAGGAGUCCAUUGGAGGCAAGAAAGUACCCGAGAUUGACGGCAACGAGCUUAAGCUUUGGCUGAUUUGCCUUUUCAGAGGCGAUAGUCCAAGAUAUCCGGACUCUAUUGAUAAUGCCUGCCAGCGCCGCAGAGACGCCCCUACAGAAGAGCAAAAGGAGAAGAAAGCGAUUGACGGCCUCAACCAGGUUUCAGAACUGUGCGAAACGGUCGAGGCGAACCCCCCCACGGACAAGGACAUAAAAACCAAGGUCUUGAAUUCGUGUAAUAAGUUUGCCGAGACCAUGGAGAACAUGGUUGAUGCCAACGCCGGACUAGUUCUAAUGGGAGAAGUGGCUCGCGCUCGAACGCUCAACAACGAGGAUAUCCAAGGGUCCGACGUGGCCGUCGUAGAAGAAUUCAUUGAAAAGGGCGCAUUCGGUCCAGUUGCCAAGAACGAAACGGAAACAAGCGAAAUCGCCUCACUGUACCUGAGUCACAUGUCUGCCUACAAGAUCAUCGAAGUGGAAGAUGAUGCAUCCGAGGUAUCCAUCAAUCACGACAAGCCGCCAGUGUGGCUCGAGCUGCUACAGUUGGAAGCAACCUUUGUCCCGGAAGACAGGGCGGACGUGACCCAGGCGCUGCUGUACCUCGAGUUCAGCCCUUAUCUUGCCCAGUUUGACACAGAGGGCAGGAUGACAAUGAAGCCGGUCAAGACGUGCUGGGACCAGGCGGGCUUGUUGGCGUUCCAGCCUCCCGGGUGGGACAAGGUUGCCGCGGGGCUCGUCUAUCUCGAGCGGCAGCUGCUGGAGGCUAACAGCGACCUUGCGUGUACACCGUGCAUCACGGACCCCUUGGAUGCCGCGAACUCCUGGGUGCUGCGUUGCGGACCUGCCGAGCCCUAG